UACAGUCUACUCCACCAAUGUCCGAGGCCCAUGAUGAGUUUCUUCAGGUACCGAUCAUGUCCUCGGAGGGUCCGGUGAUGAUACAGUUCGUGUCCAACCCCAGCAUCGCCGGCAGCAGCGACGCGCUGUCGGCGUCGCUCAGCGCCUGCCCAUCGGGGAGGUCGGCGUCGGAGGUAGAGAUCGAAGUGCUCUUCCAUGACGCCGACGGUUACGUCUACGACGACGAUGGCUGCUGCACGGCGUCAUUGCUCGGCUGCGGCGGCGAGGACUUGGAGUCGGGCGGGGCGACGGCAAGGCUGCUUCGCUCGCCGUCGCCGGGCAUGGAGUUCGUGGAGCGUGACGGCAAGGGGGAGCCCAAGUGGAGCGAGAUGGAGCGAGUGAGGUUUGGCCGCUCGUGCUCGUCGCCUGGGAAGGCUGGUGAGCUCUUUUCACUUCGCCGAUGCAAGUAG